AUGGGUACCCCGAAAUGCGUUGGGCAAGACGAAGAACUGGCCCAGAAACUCCAAGGUUUCUCUCUAUCUAAGCGUGAACACAACUUCAUUGAUAUUGCUCAAGACAAUAUCACACUCAGCGCAGAUGAAUGCAACCGUAGCCUCUUUGAAUGGCAAGAAGGUUUGUCAAUCACCCACCCAAUUUUCUCAGAUCUUAAACUUUGGGUCCAGGUACUCAAUCUUCCCCUAAACUGGUUGAGUACUGAGGUUGGUUUAAAAAUAGGCACAGUUUUUAAAAAUGUUGAUAAUGUUGUGGUGGUGGGUGCGGCUAGUCAUGGGGGGAAAUUGAUGCGUUUGCUGGUCUCUAUUGAUAUUAAUGAAGCUCUUCCCCGUUGUGCAAAUAUCAGACUCAAUAACCAGACAAUCAAUGUAGUUUUCAAAUAUGAAAAACUUGUAAACCUUUUGUCACUAUUGUGGGAACAUUGCCAUUUAGACAGAGGCUGCUCCAAAAGAAUGGAAGACAUUAAAUCAAACGCAGUUAAAGAAGGACAAUUCGGAGAUUGGAUGCGCGCCCCUGAAGCCCAAAGCUGGGCAAACCUAAACUCAGCGGGCUCUAGAAGUCCUACUCACAAUGAUAUACCAUCUCCACACCCCUUAACAACCCCUUUGCACACUUUAAAUAGUGAGGUUGAAGAGAGCAACCAAAUCAUCCCAGUGCAAGUAGAAUCUUCUCAGAAUCCUACUCCCACAAGCAAAGAAACUGUGCACCCCUCAACACACUCACCUGAAAAACCCUCUCAAUCCUCCAAACAACAAUCACCCCUUAUGAUGAUUGAAAGACCUGACCUUUCUGCUAUUCAAGCCAUGGACCUGGAAACUUAUCAGAUCCCAUCACCUCUUAGCGUGGUAACUAACACAAGAUCCCAGAAACUCAAACUCAAAUCUUGGAAAAGAUCAACCAGCAAAGUGGGCAGAUUACUAAGACAAGAGGAAAGUAGUUCACAAAUAAUCAAGGAUACAAAGGCUAAAAGGAAUCUAGCAGACUAUUCGGAUCCCAUAUCAGCAGAACAUGAUCAGUCUCAAAAACAGGAAGAAAGCAAAAAACUCAAAACUUCAAAUGAAAAGGUGGAGGUUGCCAGCCUCGAAUGGCACCCGAGUGCUCAAUGCUAG